UUCCACCAUGACCACGGCAGGCGUUUUUGUGCUCCUCUCCUUUGCGCUUUGCUGCUUCCCAGAUGCUGCCUUUGGGGUUGAGGUGGACUGCAGUACGUAUCCCAACACUACAAAUGAGGAAGGCAGAGAGGUGUUGGUCUGCACCAAGAUCCUCAGCCCCAUCUGCGGUACCGAUGGAGUCACCUACAGCAAUGAGUGCCUGCUCUGUGCCUACAACAUAGAAUAUGGAACCAACGUCAGCAAAGACCACGAUGGAGAAUGCAAGGAAGUUGCCCCUGUGGGCUGCAGUAGAUAUCCCAACACGACAAACGAGGAAGGCAAAGUAGUGUUGCUUUGCAACAAAGACCUCAGCCCUGUCUGCGGUACUGACGGGGUCACCUACGACAACGAGUGCCUGCUGUGUGCCCGUCACCUAGAACCUGGAACCAGCGUUGGCAAGAAGUAUGACGGUGAAUGUAAGAAGGAAAUUGCUACAGUUGACUGCAGUGACUACCCUAAACCCGUCUGCUCGCUUGAGUACAUGCCUCUCUGUGGCUCUGACAGCAAAACAUACAGCAAUAAGUGUAACUUCUGCAAUGCAGUCUUGGACAGCAAUGGGACUCUCACUUUAAGCCAUUUUGGAAAAUGCUGAGUAUCGGUGCUGAGAGAAUUCAACAUAGGAUCCCCACUGGCAAAUCCCAGCUAAAGAUCUCACCUCAGUUCAUCUCGUCCUCUGGGGAACUCAGCUCACUCCUGAUUUUCUUUCUCAAUAAACUAAAUCAGCAACA